GGCUUUACGUUAUCUGGCUUACCACCGCUUUAGUUCAACCAAUGAAUUUUCACUGCCAGCAGCAUCUUUGACGCCAAAUCCUAUGAUGGCAUCAGAUAGAGCGAAAAUAGCGAAAGAUCAGGGCAACGCAGCCUUCAAGUCGGGUGAUUACCCAGCCGCGAUCGGCCAUUAUACGUCCGCAAUUCUUGCGAAUGCCGAUGACUCGACAUUUCCUCUCAACCGCGCAGCAGCGUACUUAAAACUAGGCAAGAACGAGGAUGCAGAACGAGAUUGUACGACCGUUUUGAAGCUGAGCCCCAACAAUGUAAAAGCUUUAUUUCGGAGAGGUCAGGCUCGAAUGGGUCUCGGUUGUUUGGAUAAAGCCCGUGCAGAUUUCAUCAGGGCAUCCGAAUUGGAACCUUCCAAUCAAUCUGUGAAGCAGGAGAUUUUAGAAGUCGAUAAACUAAUUCAACAGCAGAAACAGAAGCAUGACAGUGCAAACACUUCUCGUCCAAUAACUAUACCAUCAGGGGUUUCCCCAACCAUAAAGCGGAGGCGCGUUCCAAUAGAGAUAGUUGAGGACCUGUCUAGAACGUCGCAUCAUCAUAGUGCAGAGCUAGCAGUGGAAGAUGUUGAAAAGCAGCCUAAAGGCCUCGAAGACAAUGGGUUGCUGCAACCAAUUUCUUCCAGGGUGAUACCUCGGAGUAACGAACCCAGUUCAUCAAGCGUCAAACCAGUUCAGAGCACUACCCCGCCUCUACCGAGGCAAACUACUUCAGCAAGAACAGAAAGUUUCAAAGACGCAAAGCAGUUACGGGACACUGCAAAGCCAUCACGCAUUGGUGGGGGGAUAUUCCGACCAUCUGGCAACCAUACACUGUUCGCUAGGAACGAUGGAAAAUCUGGCGCAGCUCCAGUGACAACUUCGCCUCCAGCCAUGGUUGACGCCACUGUCCCACAAGCUCCUAUGACUCUCUUUAACUUCACAAAGAUGUGGGAGUCACACAUGAAAGACGAAGAUCGAUGGAACAUCCUCUCUGGAAUACCAUCAUUGUCCCUUCCUAAUAUGUUCCAGGCGUCGCUGGAGCCAGUUUUGCUCUCAUCGAUACUGCAGCAUUUUGAACGAGUUAUAGAUCUACAAAUCGCGACUCCUGAUAAUGUGCGUGAAUAUUUGGUAUCGUUAUCAAAAGUCCAGCGGUUCGGCACGAUUAUGCUAUUCAUGGACAAAGACGAGAAAAUGCUUCUAAAGAGGCUUUGGGAAACAUGUGGAAAGCUUUGACAAGCUGACUGUUGCGUACAUCGUAUAUGCGUGUAAGUAGGUACUAUUACACAAUUCGGACGUGGCUUCGUGCAGAUAGCGCUAGUAUUUGACCAAGCUCGAGUAUGUAUAUGGGCGCUGGGUUUGAUCGAUGAUCGAUGAUCCUCUAUGGACUGUUCGAGUUUGGUAUUUCACCCUUCGUCAUCGAUUCAUCGUUCGUUGUUCGGAUAGUC